AUGUCCUCACUUUCCUUGAAACAGGCGGAGGAGUUUGCAAAGACUUCUCCAGGUGAAGCUGAACAAAUAUAUAAGCAAAUUCUUGCGCAGAAUGCCGGAAACAACGAAAAUUUGAUCCGAGAUCAAGAACUUGCUUUGGUUAAACUUGGAGAACUAUAUCGGGAUUAUAGAAAACCAGACGAAUUAUCAAGUUUGAUACGUUCUUCUCGAUCUUUUAUGGCAUCAAUUGUGAGAGCUAAAACUGCUAAAAUCGUAAAGACCUUAAUUGAUCUGUUUUCUGAAAUACCUGAUACUCUACCACUCCAAAUCGAAAUUUGCAAAGAAACAAUUGAUUGGAGCGUACAAGAAAAACGAAUUUUUUUAAAACAAUCCUUGGAAACCCGUUUAGUAGCAUUAUAUCUUGAUAAUAAAAUGUAUCAUGAUGCUUUAAGUCUCAUCAAUUCACUUUUAAAAGAAUUGAAGCGUUUGGAUGAUAAAAUGGUGCUAGUGGAAGUUCAACUUUUGGAGAGCAGAGUUUGUCAUGCGUUAAGAAAUUUACCAAAAUCUAGAGCAGCUCUUACAUCAGCUAGAACAUCUGCGAAUGCUAUUUAUUGUCCACCUCUUCUUCAGGCUGCACUGGAUAUGCAGUCCGGAAUUUUACAUGCUGAGGAUAAGGACUAUAAAACAGCGUAUUCGUAUUUUUACGAAACUCUUGAAGGAUAUUCAUCACAAGAUGAUCCCAGAGCUAUCUCUGCUUUGAAGUAUAUGUUACUUUGUAAAAUCAUGUUAAAUUUGUCGGAAGAUGUUUAUGCCAUAAUCAAUGGUAAACUCGCUUUACGUUACGCUGGACGCGAAGUUGAUGCUAUGAAGGCUAUAGCAACAGCUCAUAAAAAUCGUUCGCUAAACGAAUUCGAAACCGCAUUGGCGAUUUACAAAGAUGAAUUGGGAAAUGAUCCAAUCAUUCGGUCACAUCUUGCUGCACUUUAUGACACUUUGCUUGAACAAAAUUUGGUACGCAUAAUAGAACCUUUCUCUAGGGUAGAAAUUUCCCAUGUUGCGGAAAUGGUCAAAUUACCCACCCCGCAAGUGGAGACAAAGUUGUCUCAAAUGAUAUUAGACAAAGUUUUUCAUGGAAUUCUGGAUCAAGGAGCAGGAUGUUUAAUUGUGUUUGACGAGCCAUCUCAAGAUUUAACAUAUGAAGCCGCAUUGGAAACCUUGAAACAAAUGGGAAAUGUUGUUGAAUCAUUAUAUGAAAAGGUAAUAUUAUCCUUUUUGGGUUGUAUACACAAUUUAAGUCCUGUAGCUGAUCCAUAUUUUUUUUUAUUCUAA